AGUGUAAAUUUUUCACCAAUCAAAACACGUACUCUAAUUACCGUACCAAAAUAAUGCAACUGACCCUACUAUAAAUAAAACGAGCUCAGUACAGUACUUCAUUGUCAAAAUGGUUUACAAACUCUUCUUUUUGCUUUUGGUAAUAUCAAGUGUCUAUGCUGCUGAUCACGAAGUGUACCGUAACUGCUCUAGAGUAGAUUUGUGCAGUCAAAACCGAGAAUUGGAAAGACAAGAGCGAUACAAAGUAAUAUUAGAGGGAGCUGUGUUUGCUCAGGAGUGGCAAGCUUCCGGGUACAAACCACAGACGGCAGUGAAGACGUAGUUCUUAACAUCACGGCGAUUGAAGGCAACAUAUUUAGAGUCCAAAUCGAAGAAACUAACUCUUCUAGAUAUCACAUAAAUGACGCUUUAGACGGAGAACCCACUGUUGUAAAUUUCGACGAUGUCCAACUGUCUUUGACUUCCGCCGAAAUCUACCUCGGUAACAACAAAGCGGUUGUCAACGUGUCACCCUUCUCCAUUACGUUUUAUACCGAUGAUGUUUUAACUGUGGUUGUUGAAGGUGAUCGUUUGACCCUCCAGAAAGAGGAAUUGCAUACUCCGUUUACUUUUGGGGUGUCUUUCCCUCAAGCUCUACAUUUGUAUGGUCUUCACGAACAUGCUGACCAUUUGGCACUACAAACUACCGCACCGGGAGGUGUCGAUCCAUACCGUGUCAAAACCAUCGAUUUGAAUAAUUACGAACUGUACUCCACCAUGGCGAUGUAUGGUGCUAUACCUGUUAUAUAUGGACAUGGAUUCAACUCUACAUCUGGGUUAUUUUUGCACAACGCGGCUGAAUUGUGGGUGGAAAUUACCAAUAACGAGGUAGGAGCUGAUGCGUUCUUCAUGGCCGAUAGUGGAGCUCUAGAUCUUUUUAUAUUCCUCGGACCAUCCCCCGUUGAUGUAGUCCGCCAGUAUACUUCUCUAACAGGAGUGGCCCAUUUACCACCGAUUUGGACCCUCGGGUACCACCAGUGCCGUUGGGGCUACGCCGACCAACAAGACGUCCAGACCGUCAUAGCUGAAAUGGACGCCAACGACUUCCCCAUAGAUGCCAUCUGGCUAGACAUCCAACACACCCAAGAGAUGAAAUUCUUCACUUGGAAUAGCGAAAACUUCAGUGAUCCUGUAUCCAUGUUGCAGAACCUAUCGUCCACAAACCGGUACCUAGUGGUUUUAAGCGACUGCCACUUCAAGAAACAAGAAGGUUAUUUCGUGUACGACGAGUCUCUAGCUAAUGACUACUUCAUGAAAAACCUUGAUGGUACCGUCUAUGAAGAUGAAGGUUGGCCGGGACCGAGUUCCUGGAUGGAUUACCUAAACCCCGAAGCCCAAGAAUAUUAUUCCAGUCUCUACUUAUACGAAAACUGGAAUGAUACAACACCCACUUUAGGUGGAGUCUGGAACGACAUGAACGAAGGCGCCACUUUUAACUUCACCAACGAGAGAACUUUCCCUUACGACGUCUACCACUACGGAGGAGUGUCCAACAGAGACAUCCACAACAUGUAUGGGUUACUUCAAGUGAAAGCCACCCAUAAAGGUCUGAUCGAUCGAGAUAAUGGUACCCUGCGACCUUUCAUUCUAACCAGAGCACAUUUCGCUGGCUCUCAAAGAUACGCAGCCUUUUGGACUGGCGACAACACAGCCCAAUUCGGGUUCAUAUCCAUCAGCUUUUCCAUGUGUCUUAAUGCUAACCUCUUAGGAACCGUGUUCUGUGGGGCUGAUAUUGGGGGCUUCUUCGACGAACCCACGGAGGAACUCUUGCAAAGGUUUUUCCAAGCAGGGGCUUGGUUACCCUUCUUCAGGGAACAUUCUAAUUUAGGGUCGGAGAGGCGUGAACCUUAUGUGUUUUCUGAGGAGGUUCAAGGACCAAUAAGGGACGCUAUGAAGAUGCGAUAUGAACAUUUGCCAGUUUGGUAUACUCUGUUUUAUGAACAUACACGGACUGGUGAUCCUGUGAUAAGACCUUUGUUGUACCAUUAUCCGGAUGAUAGUGACGUUUUUGAAAUUGAUGAUCAACUAAUACUGGGUAGAGAUAUUUUGGUGAAAGCGGUUGACGAAGCUGGGGUUGAGUCUGUGCGGAUGUAUUUUCCAGGGGGUGAGGACCUGAUGUGGUAUUCUGCAUAUCUUGAUGAUACUUUUUAUCCGGGGACGGGUUGGAUUGAUGUUCCUGUUACAAUAGACAGAAUUCCUGUAUAUUAUAGACAAGGUGGUAUUGUACCUACGAAAGUACCAGAAGCAUCCACAACUGCCAUGAAAGAUGGUUUCUAUGUCCUAACAUGUGUGCUAGAUAAUAAUCAUACAGCUACCGGAACACUUUACGUUGAUGACACUCUCAGUUUUGAAUACAAGGACUCUCAAAAAUAUAGUUAUCUGAGUCUUGAAGCCCUUGAAUAUGAUGUAGUGCUAAGUCCUAUUGACGAUUCUGAAGACGAAGAUUUUGACAUUUUUGUUGGUGUGAUUGUUACUAUAACAUUUGAUGAUGAUGGGAAGCCCGUCAAGAGAAUUUACACACAUGAUGUGGAUGGUGUUCCUCUAGUGGAGAAGAAAUUUCAAGGAAAAGAACCUUUAGUUAUAAAAUUAAAAUGA